GUCCUCAAUCCUCAUCCGCACCACAAGUCCACAACAAAGUCAAGUCAACUUAAAACAUUGCUGCCCCGCCGCCCAAGUAGAAAACAAAGGAAGCAAAAAUCACCUACACCUACUACCAAAGGCUUAUUCCAUUUCCAUCUCCAAAACAAACUCCAUUACUAAUUAGUUCCAUCAAAGAAAGCUUUCUUGAUUCAGCCAUGGCGGAAUCACUAAUCAAAGUCGAAACCACUUCAACCCACAGAAUCAAACCCUCCAUCCCAACUCCAAGCCACCUCGAAACCUUCAACCUCUUCCUCCUCGAUCAGCUCUCCCCUGUCGCCUAUGCCAGCCUCGUCCUCUUCUACACCACCAAAUCUCCAAUAAUCGAUCUCAAACCAUCUCUCUCGCAAGCUCUAACCCAGUUCUACCCACUCGCAGGAAGAAUCAACGACGAAUCAGGAUCAUCAAUCCACUGCAACGACCAAGGAGCAAUCUUCAUCGAAUCUCAAUCCAAUUGCUUCCUCUCUCAAGUCCUCCAAAACCCUGAUCCCAAUCUGGUCAGAAGGCUAAUCCCAGUCGAGACCGAAGCCCAUGAAGAAGCCUACAACGGCAGCCCUCUGUUAAUCCAGGUAACUUCCUUCGCAUGCGACAAUGGAUUCUCUAUUGGGGUAUGCCUUUCUCAGAAAGUCGGUGACGCCACAACUCUAGUUAGCUUCAUCAGAACCUGGGCUGAACUGGCUUCCGGGAAAUUCGAUCGGAACUGUCAAAAGUUUCCGCCUCUAUCGAAUUCAGCUUCCUCAAUUUUCCCGCCAAGGAAACUCUCGUUCACUAGAAAACCCUCUGUAAAUUUCGAGGAGAAAUGCGUGACGAAGAGAUUCGUCUUCAAUUCGUCGAAGAUCGCAGCUUUGAAAUGGAAAUCCGCGGCGGCGGGGGGUUGGGGUUUUAACAAAACCCCAACCCGGAUCGAGUCGGUAACCGGUCUGAUCUGGAAAUGCGCGAUGAACGCCGCCAGAUCGAACAGCGACCACCAUUCGAUUCUCUCAAUCCUAGCUCAAUCGGCAGACAUGAGAACCAGAAUUCACCCGCCUUUGCCCGAACCCAUGAUCGGGAACCUCGCGGGUUACUUCGCCUCGCAGGCGAUCGAGACCGACCUCAUCGAUCUGGGCAGCUUGGUCGGCCGGUUGAGGAAAGGAAUAGAAGAAUUCGACGAGGACUAUUGCGAGUCGUUCGAGGAAGCACGGGUUUUGCUGGAAGGAGGGGAUGUGGAUUUGUACGUGAGCAUCAAUUUGUGCGGAUUUGAGUUGUAUGAUGACGGGUUGGAUUUCGGGUUCGGGAGACCGGUUUGGGUCACGGUGCCGACCGGGGCGAGUUGCAAGAACUUUGUGGCGAUUUGGGACGCGAGGGAUGGGGAUGGGAUUGAGGCGUGGGUGACUUUGAGUGAAGAUGAUAUGGCGUAUUUUGAGAAGGAUAGGGAGUUGCUUGAUUGGGGGGUUUUGAAUCCCAGUGUUUUGGGGGAUUUCGUGUUUCCAAUGUCUUCGCUUUGAGGAUUUGGAGUAGCGGAAACUUUUUUUUUUUUUGCUUGUUUGGUUUGUUUUGCUGAGAGGGAUUUGUACGUUUGUGUGGAUUAUGGCUGUGGUGAAAGUGGCAGAUUUUAUUAGGUCAUUUGGACGUUUCUUCUGCUGCCCGGAUUCUCGCACACCAGGUGUUUGUUGUUUUGCCCCAACGAAGAUGAGAGUCUAGCGUUGGUUUAUAAUCCCACAUCAAUGUCAACGAGGUCCUCUGGAUGAAGCAUUGUUGUGUGGGAAUCUUGACAUUUUGGAGUAUCAUAAUUUUUAUGGGGGUGAUUGUUCUUGUCGAAAUUUGCCACAAAAAAGAAUUGGCAAGCUCAUAUUUUACCAACUAGUGCAGGUUUAUCGACUAAUCGCACUAGUCAACUUGUUUUUAUACAAAUAACCUAUAUUUUCACACAAUUAUGACAAUUGAUCAAUUAAUUUUGCGGCGCUAUUUCUUCAUCAUAUUUUCGUUACGUGAUUGUGUUGAAUCAAAAACUUUAAUUAUA